UCUUGAACUGUAAGUUCUGUAAUUUUCAUCUAAUGAGAAAAACAGUUUCACAAUAUUUCUCUCUCUCUCUCUCUCUCUCUCUCGAUACUUCUAUCUCUCAAAGCUUGAUUGAGCUCAUCAAUGGCUUCCAUGAAGAAAGCUUUCGUGGUAUCAGAGCAUUGCCUCUGCAUAUCGUGAUCGAUUUCUCUCCCACUGCUCCCUUCUUUGGUGUUCGUUUCUCUCUGUCAAGUAAUUGUGAGGUUCUGCUUUCUUCUCAAUCUCUUAGUAACUUCAUACUUUCUCUCUGCCUCUUCGUAUCUUGUGGUCACUGUUCGAAUUGGCCUUGCGAUCGAAUCUCUUGCUUCUUUUCUCUCUGAAAUCAAUCUGAAUUUCUGAAUUUUUUGAUUGUGUGAUUAAACCCUAGCCUUUGUUGAAAAUGAGGAAAAGCUCUGUUACACCGAUUGAUUUGCUUCAUAAUGCUUCCAAUUAUAUUACUCUGAAAUUGGAUGACACUAAUUACAUGCAAUGGAGCUAUCAGGUUGAGAAAUUUCUCAAAGUUUAUCGGCUUUCUAGUUUUCUUGAUGGCACGGUUAUGGUGCCUGUUGAUCCUGAUGCAGAUGCUUAUCUGGAAUGGGAAGCAAUGGACACUGCAAUUUUGAACUUAAUUGCUGCAAGUCUCUCAGAUGAUGCUUUUUCUGAAAUGAUGAAUUGUAAGUCCGCUACAGAGGCAUGGACUACACUGCGAGAUCGUUAUUCUUCAAUUUCUGAGCUCAAGAUCAUGCAUCUUAAGAAUAAUUUGCAUGGAAUGCAAAAAGGAACUGAUUCUAUGGAUGUCUAUUGGAAGAAGGUUCGUGCAACUCGACAACAAUUGUCUACUGCUGGUCAUUCUAUUUCUGAUCAAUAUAUGAUUUUGAUUAUCCUCAAAGGUUUAUCUGUGGAAUACAAUCACUUUAAGUCUCAUAUAUGUGCUAGACCAGUUCGUGUUACUCUUCCAGAGCUGCGUGAUUUACUGCUAGAAGAAGAGAGUGAUUUAGAUGCUGCUUCUAAGUCCUUUAAUCCUCCGAUUAUGACUGCUAUGGUUGCUCAGAAAGGCACCGUUUCUUCAUCACCACCUGUUGCUCAUGGUGAUAAUUUUCACUCUGGAUCUGUUGAUCGUGGAUGUGGUAAUCCAAAUUGGCAAACUAACUGGAAUCGACGCCCAAAUUAUCAUGGUCAUGGCCCUUGGUCUCGAGGCAGAUCGUGGAAUAAUGGUGGUCGAGGAGGUUCUUGGAAUAAUGGUGGUUCUUGGAAUGCUGGUGGCAAUAAUGGUCCCAACUGGAAUGGUCCUAACAAUCAGUGGAAUCAAGGUGGUAAUUCUGGGAGUUCAUAUGGUCAAUGGAAUCAAGGCCCUGGUCCAUGGAACAACAAUGCUGGUUCAUGGAAUAAUAAUGGUGGUCCAUGGCAUCAUGGGGGUAAUUCAGGUCCUUCUCAAUAUUUUGUUACUCCAAACUCAAGUCCUGGUGUUUUGUCAUCUUCACCCACGGCUCCACCUGUUUCAAUUGCUUCAUCCUCUCCAGUUAAUGAAACAUGUCAAAUCUGCCUCCAGUUUGGUCACACAGCCCCUAAUUGCCCACAAAGGACCAAUUUCUCAUAUCAAGGCACGCCUCCUUCUCCAGCACUCACCGCACUUACUGCAACUGCUAGCGGUCAAUUCUCGGAUCUAAACAUAUGGUUAACAGACAGUGGUGCUACAAACCAUAUGACCUCAGAUCUUAGGCUUCUCUCCAACAUUGCUCCUUCCACCUUCACCGACAAUGUCACUAUAGGAUCUGAAGGGGAGAAUUCUGUAUCAAGGAAAGUGCAGUAAUGGUCUUUAUCCACUUCCAAUAAGGACACCUCCCAUUUUACCUAGCUUGGCUGCUUUUCAUGGUCAAAAAGUUUGUCAUACUUUGUGGCACUAUAGAUUAGGCCAUCCAUCUCAUGAUAUCACUAGUUCUAUGUUACCCAAAGCUCAUAUUCCUGUUUCCCCUAGUUUACCACAUAUGUGUAGCUUCUGUUUACAAGGCAAGAUGUGUAAACAACCAUUUCCUUCUUCACAUGUUGUGUCUCAAAUACCUUUUGAAGUGAUACACUCGGAUGUCUGGGGUCCUACUCCCUAUUCCUCUUUGCAUGGUCAUAAGUACUAUGUAAUUUUCCUUGAUGAGUGUACCAAAAUUUGUUGGUUGUUUCCCUUAACAAAGAAAUCAAAUUGCUUCUUUACUUUUGUUCAUUUUCUUGCCUAUGUUGAGAAUCAGUUUGCUACUUCUAUUAAGACUUUCCAAACUGACGGUGGGGGUGAAUAUGUUAGCUAAGAAUUUCAGACCUACCUUAGUUCAAAAGGGAUCUUGCAUCAUAAGUCUUGUCCUCACACCUCUGAGCAAAAUGGAAGAGCUGAAAGAAAACAUAGACACCUAGUGGAAACUACUGUUACACUUCUCACUACAGCUGCUCUUCCAUCCAAAUACCUAUUUCAUGCAUUAUCCACAGCCAAUUAUCUCAUUAAUAGGAUGUCAUGUAAGCUCUUAAGUAUGCAAUCUCCAUUCUCUAAACUGUUUCACAAAGAACCAAAUCUAACCCUUUUGAAGGUGUUUGGAUGUGCAUGUUAUCCUCUAUUACGACCCUAUACUCAAUCUAAGGUGCAACCUAGGUCUGCACAAUGUGUAUUUUUGGGGUAUACUUUGGAUUAUAAAGGCUAUCUUUGUCUGGACCCUAAAACUGAUCGCAUUUACAUAUCUCGGCAUGUUAUCUUUAAUGAGGAUUAUUUUCCUUUUAAAAAUACUUCUUCCCCAAUCAAUACCAAACCACCAGAUUUGAUACCACUAAGACCUUCCCUUUCUCAUAGACCUCAUCUACCUUCUUCACCUUUGUGUUACUCAUAAACUUGAUGGUUUACCAGAGGCUACUUCUUCUACUAAUUCAUUAGCAAGUCCAGUACCUAGUGCAAGGGAAGUCUCAUCUUCUGUUGAUGUUAUUAAUUCCUCUACUGAGUAUGUACAGGAUCAGACACCAGAAUUUAUACAAAAUCAGGUACAAGCAGAGCCUUCCUCUCCGUAUGCCUUGUCAUCUUCUUCUACUGAGCAUGCUCUGGAUCAGUCACAAGCAUCUUCUUCCCAAUCCUCUUCA